AUGAAGAUAAAGGGGAUAGUGGCCAGAGGAGUGCCGUUUUUAUACAGAAGUGAUCUUUCAGGUUUACCCCUUUUUUAUAAGUGCCCAUACUUUCAUGUUAAAUUUUUUCCCAAAGAUACUUAUUGUUCAGCAUUUCAAAAAACCUACCCAUUUGCCAUUCAUUAUGAAUACGCCAGAAAAGAUUCUACUGUUUAUAAUAUCCCAAUGCUGAAGCUUCAGCAUACAUCUGGAUCCCCUGGAAAGUUAUCUUCUGUGUUGGAUGAUUUGAGGAUUGUUGCAGGGAGUCUAGAUCCUCUCGAUGCAGUAUUUAUCCGAAGGAGAGCGAGAUGUCAUGUUCGUGAUAAGGUCCAAGAUUUUUUCCUUUCGGUAGCAAAUAAAGAAAAUAUCCAACUGAUGACAAAAUAUGAAAAGAAAAAGGCCUUUGAGGCUAUGAGCGACAGUGAUAUUCCUAGCAAGUACCACGGGUUUUUCUCAUUUCGAUUUUUAAGAGCUCCGUCACUCUUGAAUAAAGAAGAGUUCGAUACACACUUGAAUUAUUGUCUCAGCAAGUUUUCAAAGAUGAAAGUCUUUGACAACAAAGAUUAUGUCAGGUAUUCUGUUGGCACCAAACCAUCUCAUAAUAAUAAUAAUAAUAAUAAUAAUAAUAAUAAUAAUAAUAAUAAUAAUAAUAAUAAUAAUAAUAAUGAUAAUAAAAAUAAUAAUAAUAAUAAAAAUAACAAUAAUACCAAUAACAAUAAUAAUGAUCUUGGUAACUCUUACUACAUGUUAAGUAUAUCGAAGGAACAGCAUCAGCGAAAGCUAAUGACAUUAGUAAACCUGAAAGUUACAGUGGAAUCGCUCUCAGACCCAGACGGUAGUAAAGAAAAAGAGGUAGUGGCAAUGAAUUUACAAAAAAAUAAUCUGUUACGUUUAUAUCAGUGGAAAUCGACGAACGAGGCGAAAAGAUGA